AAUAAAUUUCCUGAAUAAAUGGGGGAACAACUUCAGCAAGAAUGUGGUGCAGGACAAGAAAACUAGUAUGCCACUCUCAAAAUCUGAUUCACAACGAGUUGAGAAGGAUCAAUGCAGGGAGUGUCGAGGCUUUGGACACUUCCAGUAUGAGUGUGCAAAUCUUAAGAAGAAGAAUAAGUCACUGAAGGCAACCUGGGAAGAUUCAGAUGAAGAAGGUACAGAUGAACCUUCAUUGCACACAAACAACUUGGCAGUUCAUACCUUAGUCAAGAAGUUCAUGUGUCUCACCACUUCUCAUGCUCCGACCAAGUUUGAAGAAAGUUUGAAAGAAAUUGAUGCUUCUGAGGAUGAAGCAGAUCAAAAUGUGUGUGUAGAUCCAGUACACUUACUUGCUAUGGAAAAGUGUGCUCAAGCAUCUGAAGCUCUACAGAAGCUUCAAAAUGAAGUGUUUAGACUUUCAAGAGCAAACAAGGUGCUGAACGAACAAGCAUCCGCCUCCACUGCUACUAAAGAAUGUGAAUUGGAUACUGCAAAGGCACGAACCUGCAUUCUUGAAAGCAGUGUCAAACUUGCUAAACAGAAAGGACUGGAGAAGGCUCAGACCAUUGAAUGCUUGAGGACCGAACUAUUCUCCACUCAGAAACUUCUUGCCGAGCAGAAUCAGGAAAUCAUGCUACUGAAAAAUGAAGUUGAUCGGCUGAUGAACGAACAUGCUAGCAUGGAAAGCAAACUGAAGGCUAAUUCUGCUGAGUUGAAUAGAACUGCAGAAUUUGUUCGAAAAUUGAACAAGGGAAAAGCAUAUCUGAAUGAACUUCUUUCCUUGGGAAAACAAUAUGGUGAUCUUACUGGAAUAGGGUACACUGGUAGGGAAGACAUACCUGAGUCCUCAACUGGAACUUCAAAUACAAAACAUACCGGUCUU